AUGGUCCCGCGAGACCAUGAACAGAAUCUUCUGAAACCUGCUGAACAAGUUGUUGCGGCAAAGCAUAAAUCGAAGCAAAAGCAACCGAAACAAUCGGCUCAGAGUGUGCCAGCAUCUACCGCCAGCAUCGGACAGCAGCACUAUCAGCAACACUUUUCGCCAGUGGGCGCCAAGUUGCCACUAACGACGCAGCACAAGAUUCAGCCCAAGACAACCGUAGCCGCCUCGCAGGCACCACCGGCGGCCACAGUUGUUGUUGCCCCACAAACGAAACCUCAACCAGUUCUCAACCACCACCAUCAGCAACAGCAUCGGCAUCAUCAGCAUCACCCUCCGGGCCUCGUCCCCGGCCAAGCAUUUAAUCUGGCUGCGGCGGCUCACAUUCAACAGCAACUGCGACAACCCGUUCACUUGCAGCCGCCACAGCGGCAUCUUCAUAACCAGCACCAGCAGCAGCAGCAGCAGCAACCUUCGGCGCCUCCACCAUCGCUCCUGGCAACAACAACAACAGUAAAUCACGUACAACAGAUACAACAACCAGCAGUAUCAGCAGCAGCACCGUCGCUAACGUCGAUGUUGCCUGCCCUUCAGACGCAACAACCACAGCAACAACAUAUGCAUCAUCACCAUCAUCAUUUGCACAAGCAGCCGUGUCAGCCACCGCAUCCACUAGCAUCAUCGGUUACGCAACCACUCCACCACUCUCACCAGCACUCUCAGCCACAGCUUCGCCAACUCCACCAGCUUCAUCAGCUGCAACAACACCACCACCGUCAGCAGCAGCAUCACCAUCAGCACCAUCAAUAUCAGCAUCAGCACCGACAUCAGCAUCAACAUCAGCAUCACCAUCACCACCAUCAACAACAACCACAACAACAACUACCGCAACAGCAAUAUCAACCACCGCAUUUGCAUCAACCUUCACCGACCCAACCGUCGGCGGCGGCUGCUGCCGCUGCCGCUGCUGCUGCUGCUGCUGCUGCGUCGGUUGCAACGGCAGCCGCACCGCACCAUCACCAUCAGCAACCACGGCAAAGUAUCAACUUGAACGUCAACCAUCACGUCAUCUCGGCCCCGAUCGUAGUGGACUUCUCCAACUUGACCGUCAACUGCGUACAGCUGCAGGAGGCUCAGCAUUCGAAUCCUAUCGCGGCCGCGGCCGCCGCAAUGGCGGCUGGCUACGGAGCAGCUGCUGCCGCUGCCGCUUCCGUACCCGCCGCCAUCGGACGUGUGGCAAAAUAAUUACAGGAUUACAGGGGGCGACGAUGAUGAUGCUGCUGCUGAUUCGGUUGGUUUUUGUUCUGGGGCACAUUCUACGAUGCUAUAGGCUACCGUUUAUCCCU